GAGAUCAUCAAGGAGAGUUAAUUUCCACCUAUUUGCAAAAAAAAGCUCAAGAUUUUAUUAAUGAUAGUCUUUAUAGAUUAGAUAAUAACAACAAUACAUUAAAAUUACAAAACAAAAAUUUACAACAAGAAAAUAAACACUUAACAAAAUAUAAAGCUAUCGCAGCUAUUUGUAGAACAAACCAAAUUCAACCUGCUCAGUUUCAACGCGUAGCCAGUAAACUAUUUAAAAUUAAUAAUAAAGAGUAUAGUACAAAAUUUGUUAAAUUAGCUACUGAUAUCAGUAAUAUGGGGCAAACCUCUAUACGUGCAACAAACAAUGAAGUAGCAGCAUUGUCUUGUAAUCAAAAUUGCCCUACAAAUACUUGUUUCAGAUUUUUUGACUAUGGCAUAAUGGUUGAUGAGAGCACUAGAGGAGAAAUGAAAACCUAA